CACAAGUAUUGUGCAACAACAGACAUCUCGCUGCACGUAGUGAUGAGCUGCUGAAACUGGAGACAUCUAGAUCAAGAAAAACAGCACCAAUCUGAUCACAAUUAAAACUGCUGUCACAUCAGGUUAUACGAGCUCUUCAAAUAUCGGACCUGGUUUCCAGCGACUGUGCUCGUUUCAUCACAUUAGUCUGAGAUGCUGCAAACGCUGCUGUUCAUCUUGACUGUCGUCAGAAUGAAAAACUGUGAGAUUUCACACCCUGAUGAACCGACUAACUUCUCCAUCAGAGUACAAGACAACUUCACUGAAGAGGCCGGUUUGUGCAUCAGAGUGUUCUGUUCUUUCACUGUCCCUCAAAGUGUCUCAAAACCCAUUAGGAGAACCUGGUUCAAAGGAGAUCCACAAAAACCAUCUGUUGAAGUUCCUUGUGUUAACAUACUUGAUAUAUAUUUGGGCAAUGAGAUAGAGUGCAGCUUUAUGCUAAACAACUUGGUUCAGGGCGAAUCUGAUGGUGAAUACAGACUGAAACUGGAGUGGGGACAAGGGAAAGUGCAUAUCUUUUCUCAGACAGUGAAUAUUACUGUAAAAGAGCUCACCCAGAAACCAACUAUAAACGUCCCACAGCUCACAGCAGGAGAGAAGGCCGAGAUAUCCUGCAAAGUUCCAGGGGAUUGCACGAAUCCAUCGGUAGAUAUUGUUUGGACAGGGAUUAAACCUGAUGAAACUAGACGUGGAGCUCAUGCAGUGAUUGGCAGGGUACAGCAGUAUUCAGUAAUGACUUUCCAUCCUGAGCCUGAACAUCACAAUACUAAGCUCACCUGCACAGUCAUUUAUCAAAAAAGCAUACAGACUGAAAGUACUGUGAUCCUUGAAGUAAGACAUGCUCCUAAAAUCCUGAAUAGCUCUCGUUGUUUGGUGUGGGGUGAUGAAUUGACCUGCAUGUGUGUCAGCAGUGGUGUGCCGUUACCCCAGAUAUACUGGUCGAUUCUGGAUGGUGAAUAUUACAGUGUCUUUUCAGCAGAGAACACCAUCAGUAUCAUCACCGUCUCCAUUGCUAGUUUCAGGAACAUCAACGCUACUGUUGAAUGUGUCAGUGAGAAUCUCGUUGGUUGGACAGAAAUGAAAAUCCAAGUGCACAAUCAUGCUGAGAAACCCAAAGUAAGUUGGAGUUUGUCCACCUCUUGGAUAUUCUUUACCCUUUCAGCUGUUGUAAAUGUCAUCUUUGCUUCCUGUUUGACUGUCGUCCUACGGAGAGAAACACAAAAGCAACCAAAUGAUGACAACCAUGUCUACAUGACUUCAAUGAAGAGAGAGGAAUCUGUGUAUGAGACAAUUAAAAUGUCUUCAGAGAGAUCUUAGUGCUUUGAUCGACACAUUACAGCUUAGGCUAAAUGAAGGUUUUGUUGAGAUUAUAUGUCAAGUGGCUUUUCUUACACAUCAGCAUAAAGUGGAACAGUUAGCAUGCUUAUUAGCACAUGCUAAUGUCCUAAAACUCCAAACUGAACAACAGUUGUUUUUAAUAUGUGUGUCUUUUAUACUUCAUGCCAGAAAAAUGAAAAAAUGCUUUUUCACACUCUGUGUAUUAUUAUCAGUGUUUUAGAAGAGGUUUGUAAUCCUUAUGUUAAUAUAUUUUAAUAAAAUAAAAAC